AUGAACCACGGUGCAGUUGCGCAAGCAGCUGAGCUAGAAGCGUAUCUAGCUAUAGCUUCGGAAGAACUUCGACGAUUUUGUGGAGCAGUGAAAAGGUGUCACUUUAAGGGUAAAAAAAGGAAUAUGUAUGUGGCACUUGCUUUUCAUUGCUUCUUCGCUUUUCAUCGAAGCCAGGAAGAAUACGAGGUGAGAGGGUGUCAUAGCCGAGUCCACUGCACGAAAAUGGUUUGGGAAAUUCAAAAACGAAUUUGA